AUGGCGGGCAUGCUCCCCCUGCUCUUGGUGGCCGAGGGAGUGGAGACUGGUGGGCGCAGCUUGUCUGCAAGGCCCCUCCUGGUGCUUCCGCGGGGACACUUCGCUUUUGUGCACUGGGGCGGUCUUGCUGGCUGCGGGCCGUCCACUGCUCCCGAAAACCCGGAGCGGGCGGCCCUCUAUUUUGUCUCUGGCGUGUGCAUCGGGCUGGUUCUCACCCUGGUUGCCUUGGUGAUGAGAAUAUCUUGCCACACAGACUGCCGGCGGCACCCCACCCGGAGGAAGUUCCUGCCGGACCGAGCAAGCAGCAGCGAAGGCAGUGACAGUGAUGAGGAUGGAGGCUCCGACUCAGCGUCCGACCUCUCGGUCCGCAGACACCGGCGCUUCGAGAGGACGCUCAACAGGAACGUGUUCACCUCGGCCGAGGAGCUGGAGCGUGCCCAGCGCCUGGAGGAGCGGGAGCGCAUCAUCAGGGAGAUCUGGAUGAACGGGCAGCCUGAGGUGCCAGCCACCCGCAACCUCAACUGCUACUACUAG